UCAUUAGCGUGUGCCAAGUGCAUGCUGGGUAAACCCAUACGAGAAUGUUAAUCUUCAGCCACAGAGAAGGUGGUCACCCAGGAGAGCUUAGAGCAGCAGUACAGUCCCAGUAUUUGUGGGGGCCAACCUCAACAAAGGCUCUUUAUUAGCGCCCACAACAAAGCUCUGUUCUCCCCCCCAGCUCUGACCACGUCGCACACCAGCACCAAAACACAACCAAGAUAUUUGCACCAGUGAAAAAAAACAAAAAAAAGAACGCACUAGGAAGGGUAUUCUGUCGUCACUCUUUGUCUCUUGUUGUGUUGUUGCUUGGACGCCUCCGACCAGCUGUUCUUUAUGUGGGUCACAGCCCCCGAGCCAAUGCCCGCCUGCGUGAAGAGAGAACACCACUGAGGACAUCGAGGAUACCCGGCCUGUUUUUCGGGCUCUCGUUUGGGUUCCUCCAGCGCAGACCCACCUGAGCGGAGAACAAACAGGAGGAGCGGGGAGCAUGGAGCCUGAGACCAGCCACACCCAGACCCACAACGCUGCAGAUCUGAGGGCGUCCGAGGUGGAGGUGCUGAGGUCGCACGUGGUGGACAUCAUCGGAGGGGCGGGCCGCGGGGCCCGUCGGAGCCUGGAGGACCCCGGCAAGGAGCUGCAGGAGGAGGAGGACGACGAAGGAGACGACUCGGUGUUCUACGACGACGGAGUCCCGGCUCCCCGGCCCGGGGAGGAGGAGGAGGAGGAGGAGGAGAAGAAGGAGGCCCGACCUCGACUUUGCGACGCUAGGAAACGCAGAGAGGGGCUGGUCGGGAGCGAGGGGGGAGUGGGGGGGCCGGGGCCUGGAGAGAUUGAUGCUGUUGCUUCAUCCACGCAGAUGGAGCGUCCCCAGGAGACACAACAGGACAUGAUGAAGAGCCGGCUGGAGGAACAUCAAGAACCGCAGCGCAGCCUGGCCACCGGGGACUCCAAGGAUCCCGGCGGUGGAUUCACUGAGGACAAACACACGCCCAAGGCACGCCCUGAACUCUGCACAUCCAUACCAAAAGGAGAUCUAGUGGAUGUGGAGCAGAAGGAGGAGGAGGUGGAGGGAGAAGAUAAGAAGGGGGAGGAGGAGGAGGUUUCAUCCCGUCGGCAGCAGAGAGCGGAGCCUGCAGCUGAGCCGGGGCCCGGCGGCAGAUCGAAGGAGAGACGGGCCCCCACCACCACCACCACCACGGCCGCCGCCGCCGCCAUCGCCGUCCCCGAGCCAGCUGGGGCGGAGAACCUCCCGCAGCAGAUGUCUUCUGAUGAACUCCAGAUCCCGGGAGCGAACCGGGAGGAGCCGGACCAGCUUGAGCAGCCGGACCACAACUCCCAGAGUUCCACGGGACGCCCCCAGGAACCCGGUCCUGGAUAUUCCACCCUGCCUCUUCCUAAGAAAUUGAGUCGCAGCGUCAGCGCCAAACAGGUUGCCUCGGAUGUUGAGGCCUCCGCCCCCAGAUACAACACCCUCUCCUACCGCAAGAUUCAGAGAGGCAACACCCGGCAGAAGAUCAAGGAGUUUGAGUUCAAGGGAAUGAAGCUGUGAGGACCUUUUGUAGAAGAUCAGAGUGUCGUUAUUAUUACUACGCGGGAACACACCUUAAAUGAGUCAUCUAAUCAACAUUUAAACAUACUUGGGAAUGUGCUAUAACAUCCUAACCAUACUGAAGCCCUAGGACAGAUUGUGCAAAUAUUACUUAAAGGCGCGUUUGUAAAGAGAGAGGGAGCAGAAGGGAGCGAAAGAGAGCAAGAAUUCUGACACUAAUCCAGAAGAGCCUCCUUCUCUACUGCACCUUUAAACAUUUGAAGGUCCUGUAGGUAAUUGAUUCAAACUAUCAUUUGAGUAUAAUUUCUGAACAAUGACCUAGCCAUCCUUCAACCAUUAGUGAGAGAAAUGAGCUGUGAUAAUAUCUGUUGAGUUGACUUCCUUCGUAUGAGCCGAUUUAGAUUUGAGACAGCUCCCGGCUCAUUUCUGACCAAUCAGGGCAUCUCUUCCCUGUUUGAAGCCGAGAGGGAGGGAAUUUCAUUGGUGGUUUACUUUCAAAAUCUUGCCCUCUCGGUUAACAACUCUUCAAUCCUAUAUUCAGUGCCAGCGUCACCAUUACAUAGAGAAUGAACAAAGCUCAUUAAGUACAAAUUUAAUCACCUGAAGGUCUGUCUUAUUAAUAGUUAAGUUCCAACAAAAGGCCUUUCUGCUUAUGCAAGGCUCAACUUCACACAAAAGAUUAGAUCAGAGGGAAUGAGGCCAUGUAGGCCCAGUCCCAUUUCUACCCCUUACCCCUCCCCCUUGUUUUGAAGGGGUAAGGGGAAGGGGUAAGGGGUAGAAAUCCCAUUUCUUGAUAAUGUAGAAAGUGUUCAGUAAUGGUGACUAUACCAUCUAUCAGGGUUGGCAGAAAUCUGUUCCCCCUUUAUUUCUAGAGUUUGUCUAUUAGUUUGUAUUUUGAAGGGGUAAGGGGUAGAAAUCCCAUUUCUACUCCUUACCCCUUCCCCUUCAAAACAAGGGGGAGGGGUAAGGGGUAGAAAUGGAAUUGGGCUGUAAUCUACCGGUGCACAGCACAAAUAAAUCGGUAGGUACUACCGAUGGUAAGGUGGUUUCCUUUUGUUCCUUUAAGCCUUGGUUAAUAAUCUUUGAGCAGCGUAACCCUUAAGCAUCAUAUAGAACAGAUGAUCUAUACAAAUCUGAAAUGUACAGGAUAUGCAAGUACUAAUGCUAGUUGUUUGGACUGAUUGCUCACAAAUGGUUAAUGAUUGAUUCAAAUUUUCUCAGCUACUUGGUAUUAAUCUGUCUAUUAAUCUCCAGAAGUAAUGAUCAGUAUACACGCUUUGGCAGCUGUAUGACACGUGAGGAAUAAACAGACAUGUACGAACCCUUUAAA